GUUUAUUUUAACAACGUAACAACUUCAUAAAAAAAUAAAGAAGUAUAUACAAGAGUAAGUACAUAGGAAAAGUUCUAACCUAUGGGGCAACGAGGGGGUGCGGGGGAAGGGAAGGAGGGUAGAUGGCGCUACCGUCGCCUUCCCCCACCACCGGAUGUGGUUUUCCGGUGUAACGGCUAUUUUUUUAAUUUUCUCCACUGGAUGUGGAUUUCCGGUGUAACGGCUAUUUUUGAAUAUACUGCAAGUGCAAAAAUGACGUCACAUUUAUUUUUGAAUAUCCGCUGGGACCCGCACGGACGUGUUCGAACCUGUGCAUUAGCGGAAAUGAUGUCACGUUUAUUUUUGGAUAUCCGCUGGGACCUGCACGGACGUAUUCGAACCUGUACAUUAGCGGAAAUGAUGUCACGUGGGAUCUGCUCGCUCGACUCGCUCGUUUUCGCUCGUUUGAUUAGUCAACUCCCACACAAACACGCAUUCCUCUCUACGUAACGCGCUUAUUGUACAUGGGAGAAGGACGGUAUAUAAACUGCGUCUCGCUGAGGAUACGUCAGUCGGACAUUCUUAUUCUGAGAAGAGAAGACGUAUGUCCUGUCCACCGCGUGAUGUACCACAUCAAGUUACUGCUAAAUCAGAUGGAGAAUACCGCUCCGAAGCCGGAGGAGAACGAGGUCUCAAUGAAGAAGCGACGUCGCGAAACCGGCUACAAGUAUCUGGAGAUUGGAAUAGGCAUCCCUCCGACCGCGGAUGCCGUGGCCGUGAACAUCAUGCUAGAGAAUACUACCGACAAGGAGAUACUGCUGUCCACCGAAAUGUGGAGAGGACUGGUGGACAGUAGAAGCAUCAUCUGCGACUACCUCGCGCGGGUUAACAGCGAGCACUGUCCGACUCCACCUAUGUGCCUGGACGACCUCACGGUACGCUUUGCUACCCUCAACGAUCAACCGACCAUACGUCUGGACACUCCGUCCGGACGUUUGACCCUGUCCACAUCGACAGUGCGCUACCUGUACGGAUUGCGACACUGCGUCAAGCGCAUCACCAGCACGAUGGCCAGCGUCGUCGGACGAGUCGAGUCUAAACUGCGUGCUUCAAGCACAUCGCUGCGGGUGUUGAGGAUCCUUCCAGCGUUCUCAGGGCCAUAUGCGACAGCGCGGACUUCGACCAAAACGAUCCGCUCGAUUGUGAACUGCUGGUUGUGGUCUUUGGAAAUAUUCAGGUUACACGCUACAUAGAGAGAGCUCCCAUGUACACGCACAUAUUAUAAUAUAAUAUAUUAUACGUAUAAUAUUAAUCACGAUAAAUAUUAUAUAAUAUGUACACGUAUUAAUUACGAUAAAUAAAUUCUUUUUUUUCGGAUCAAAUUGUGUCUCUUUAUCGUGUUGAACCUUUUCAUCCUCCCCUAUGCCCGUCCAUGUAUCAUAUGUAGCGAUAGCGGUCGACCGUUAGAGAGAAAGUACGACGAUGUGAACGUUUCCAUAUAUUGAACAGAACGUACGACUUUGAACGUGUCCGUACAGGUUCGAACACGUCCGUGCACGUUCCAGCGGAUAUCCAAAAAUAAACGUGACAUUAUUUCCGCUAAUGUACAGGUUCGAACACGUCCGUGCAGGUUCCAGCGGAUAUCUAAAAAUAAACGUGACAUUAUUUUCGCU